AUGGAAGCCUUCAACUUCGCGACGUCUCUUGACCUGACCGAGCUGUCGGUCCAUGUUCGCAUAGAUCGUCUCGAUGGAAACCAAAAGCCCAUACCCUACUCGGUUUUACUCAAGCGACCGGACCUAAGGCACCGAGCUUCCAAUAUCAACCCACACUUCGAGCUGUACGUCACUGCCCAAAUAUGGGCAGAUAGCAAGCCCCUCACCGUCCCUGUUCAGACCGCCUACAAGUCCUUCAAGAACGCGCGUAUGUGGAACGAAUGGCUCCAGCUACCCGUCACGUAUGCGAACCUCCCCGCCUCGGCCCAGAUAGCCAUCACAGUAUGGGAUCUGUCGCCUGCCGAAGAUACCGACUCGAAUCUCCACGCCGUGCCCUUUGGUGGCACGACGAUACCCCUCUUCGACAACGACAACACGCUGCACAAGGGUAGGCAACGCUGCCGGAUACACCGCUUCAAGGCAGCCGAUGGCCUGACCAACACUACAACGCCAUGGGUAAUACCGCCGGCGCGAACAAGUAGAAAAGCCGAGGUGGUCGAGGAUACCAUGGACGAGCAAGUCGCUGAGAUGGAAAGGCUGGAAGGCUUGCUGAAGAAGCAAGAGAUGGGCGACCUGCCAACUAACAACUGGCUCGACGCUCUGGUAUACAAGAAGAUGAUGCAAAUACGGAAAGAGUCGCUCAAAGCCGAGGCAGCAGCUCUGAAUCGGCAGAGCAAGACGAACGGCACGAAUGGCUCCACAGAUAGCGAAGACCAGGAACUCUUUUAUCUCGACAUCGAGCUCCCCCGCUUCGACCACGCCAUCGUCUUCUCCGAUGUCGAGUACCCACCGCCCCCCGUUUCAGACUUGCGAUUACCUGCCGAAGCCGACGUGAGGCUGCGGCCUCCACCUGAAGUGUCCUUCGGUCCGGGCAUCAACAUUGAUGGGAUCGGAUAUGGUGAUGCAGAUGCAGGCCGGCUUAUCAAGAUCUAUGAUCCCGAAGUCGGUCGAAGGGUCAACCCCGCCGAGGACAAGCAUCGCGAACUGAUGCGCAGCCAGCAGACCGAUUCACUUGACCGUGACCGCAAGCCCAACGUGCACGUUCGAGAUAAGCUUAACCUGCUGCUUUCCAAGGGACCACUCGAAGAGAUCACAUCACACGAGCGUGACGAUAUCUGGAAGUUCAGAUACUUUUUGCUAAGAGACAAGCGAGCUCUGACCAAGUUUGUCAAGUGCGUUAACUGGAAGAACCCGCGAGAAGCGCGACAGGCUGCACCUUUACUCGAUAAAUGGGCAGAGAUAGAUGUCGACGACGCACUCGAGCUUCUUGGACCUCACUUCGACCAUCCUGUAGUGCGAAGCUACGCUGUGGAGCGACUGAAAAAGGCGGACGACGAAGAGCUCCAGCUCUACCUCCUUCAAUUAGUGCAAGCGCUCAAGUACGAGGCACCAGGCGAAGGCGAUGACUCGUCGUUAGCGCGCUUCCUGGUUACUCGUGCAGCCAACAGCUUUACAUUGGGCAACUUCCUGCAUUGGUAUCUCAUGGUGGAGAUCAGCGACUUUAGCACCGAUCAAGAACCAGAACAUCGUGAACUCUUCGCCAAGGUCGAGUACGACUUUAUGGUCGAGCUGGAGAAGACCCCUGAAGGUGUUGAGAUACGCAAGACGUUUCAACGUCAAGGCGAACUUCUCACCAUUCUGGCCAAGAUUUCAAAAGACGUGCGCUUCGGUGGGGGUGACCGAGCUGCAAAGCUUGCUCGUCUCAAGAAGGCAAUCGCUGACCCAAAGAACGAGCUUACUAACUUUGAUCCAUUACCUCUACCUCUGGACCCAUCUGUCUUCAUCACUGGUAUAUCGACAGAAGACUGCAACGUCUUGAAGUCGUCUUUACUGCCCAUGGUCCUCUCCUUCAAGACCACGACAUCGAAUCCAUAUCCCAUAAUCUUCAAGACUGGUGAUGAUCUGCGUCAAGAUCAACUCGUCAUUCAGAUCAUCACGUUGAUGGACCGCCUCCUUCGCAAAGAGAAUCUCGAUUUGAAGCUAACACCAUACCGUAUCUUAGCUACUUCUACCUCUGCUGGCGCUUUCCAAUUUGUCCCAUCGAUGAGCAUAGCAGCGGCGUGCCAAAAACACAAAGGUUCGCUACUCGCCUACCUACGCGCUAACAAUCCUGACGACAGCGCUCCCCUCGGUGUACGCAAGGACGCUAUGGAUACCUACAUCAAGUCUUGCGCCGGGUAUUGUGUGAUAACAUACCUCCUUGGAGUUGGCGAUCGCCACCUUGACAAUCUCUUGCUUGCUCCAUCGGGCGCUUUCUUCCACGUCGACUUCGGCUAUAUCCUCGGGCGAGACCCGAAACCCUUUGCACCAGCUAUGAAGCUUUGCCGUGAGAUGAUUGAAGGUAUGGGCGGCGUGCAGCACCCGAACUAUCUUAUCUUCAAAGAAUACUCAUACACGGCUUGGUCCACGCUGCGCAAGUCUUCGAACCUCAUACUCAACUUGUUUGCUCUCAUGCAAGGAGCGAAUAUCCCAGAUAUCAAGAUUGAGAGGGAGGGCAGCGUGAGGAAGGUCCAAGAGCGUAUGUGGCUGGGAAAGGGUGUGGGUGGGGCCAAGAACGAAGAUGAAGCAGCGAGAGAGUGGGAGGGGCUCGUCGAGGAGUCGCUAGGCGAUUGGAAAGCUGGGGUAAUUGACUGGGCUCAUGAGUUCGUUCAGACCUAUUGGCGGAAGUAA